AUGUGGUGGAGGGUUUGCCGGUGAAUCGAUCGAGUCUGCUGACGGGAACAGCGUUCGCACGUUCGCCGUUUGCUUUCAUCCUUUUUGAACAGACCCAGCGGAUCGUUUUGUGUGCAUCUUCUCACUCUUUUUCUCUCCCUCCUUCUUUUCCUUCUUCUUCCUUUCCUCGCUCUCUCCUCCACACCCAUAGCAAGGAAUCUCUCACGCUCAGGUUCAGCACCACCACCCAGAGAUGCUCGCUUGAGCCUUCUUCUUUUAUUUUUUUAUUCUCUCGUACAUUCCUCGAUCACUUUCCUCCACUUUUCUCACGCCCGUUGCUCUGGUUUCUGGAGUAAACCUUUGCCAGACGAGAUGUUGGGUUUGGACGUCUGUGAGUUUGGGGGACAGUUUCUCGAACUGCUCUGGUUAACGGUUUGCUACAGAGGCCUCAUGGCAGAUAAGGAGAGUACGGGUCCUGUGUGUGAGGAGGAGGACGAGCGUGAUCUGAACUACCAGCCUCCAGCGCAGAAGAGCCUGCAGGAGAUCCAGGAGCUCGAUAAGGAAGAUGAAAGCCUGAACAAAUACAAGCAGACUUUGCUGGGAUCAGGACCUGUGGUGUCAGAUCCCAGUGUUCCUAAUGUUCAGGUGACGAGACUGACGCUGAUGUGUGAUCAGGCUCCUGGACCCAUCACUAUGGAUUUAAAAGGUGACCUUGAUGCUUUGAAAAAACAGAACUUCACUAUGAAGGAGGGCGUGGAUUACAGAGUGAAGAUCCACUUUAAGGUCAACAAGGAGAUCGUGUCCGGGCUGAAAUAUGUGCAUCUGACCUACAGGAAAGGAAUUCGAGUGGAUAAAGCUGUGUACAUGGUGGGCAGCUACGGCCCUCGGGUGGAGGAGCAUGAGUUCAUCACUCCGGUUGAGGAGGCUCCCAAGGGCAUGAUCGUUCGAGGAACCUACCACAUCAAGUCCUACUUCACGGACGACGACAAGACGGACCACCUGUCCUGGGAGUGGAACCUGCAGAUCAAGAAGGAUUGGGACAGCACCGAGUAAACGGGCUGUGUCCCAACACACACCUGCGCCACGUGCACAGGGCCUAGCGCAUGUAGGAAAAGGGCGGCGCAGAGAACGGGGUUUGGAUCAGGGUUGGGUAAAAAAAAAAAAUUACAAAUAAAAAAUAACGGCCGAGAGUCAAAUCGAUGCAAACAUACAGUACUUCAAAAAGGGAUAUUAACGAAAUAUGACGCAACACAAAAGCAAGACAUUAGCGGAGACUCAUUUGCUAAAGAACACUCUGUAUAAACGACAGAGAUCAAUUUCUUGUGCCCGUACGUACGCUCAGGUUAGUCCGUGUCUCUCCGAACUGUAAAAUGUGUGUAAUUAUGAUGUCUGUAAUUCUUUGCGAUGCAUUAAAAAAAAAAAAAAGUUCCUGUAGGAGCUCGAGAGCAGAACCGUGCAUGUUUCAGUGUGAAGCAAUUGUGCAAGUGGCUAGAAUUCUGUCCUGACUCUGUAUGUAAGCAGACGUUCACGCAAAACCUUCUGGGUCCAGACUCGCGUUCCAGUACCGCUUUUAACGCGCCCUUGACGACUUCCCCUCGCGUGUAAACCGGAGCAGAAUUUGAACCGCAGAACGCGCUCGACCUUGAAGCACAAUGUACUGAAAUGAACUACGACCUACGAACUGCCAGGUCACGGAGUAGGUUUACGCCGAGCGUUCGGUACCGAUGCGAUAUGGCGCUGCGUAAAAACACGUUUUUGAACGGAAAACUUAUACAUGGUCAUACGUGAACAUCCGAGACAAAGCAAGUGUAAUAAAUAAAAACAAAAUUGACUCAACUAAUGAGGGGUUUUAGAAAUUGUAUUCGAUUUCUUUAUAGAUCAAGAACCAUUAGAGAUUUAAAGAACGCUCGGUGCAUCAGAACGUAACGAGAUCGAUCGAGUCCAUUUGCAAACGCGUCAAAUAUUUAGCUGGAACGUCUUUUAUUUGAGAGCUGAUUUGCAUUUAUGAGCCAUUUGUCUCCUUUUUUUUUUGUUGUAAAGUUGCCAAGACCUAACUUUCAAGAUUUCAUUUUAUUUCUUGGUCAUUUCUGAUUUUUGUAUAAAUCAAAUCCGAUAUAACUUCCAUGCUCCCUAAACACCAUCCUCAUUAUUUUCAAAGUAUUUUAGGAGCAUUUACAGUCGAUUUCUUUUUCACAAACAAUCACACUCCAUAAUACUUUAAUCCCUUAAGGGAAAAACACAUUACUAUUAUUACAUUUAUACAGAGAACCUCAAACUUUUUUUUUCUGUAAUAGUGUACAUACGACACAUCUCAAUAAUAUAAUUGUAGAUACAAUUUAUGUAUGCUGUAUAUAUGAACAAUAUGAGGAUGAUCUAUAGGUUAAUACAGUUUACACAUAUCACUCAUACCCUUUUUUAUUAAUAUUAUCAGACGCCAUUUGUUGUAAAAGAGAAAAGUUUGGAAAGUUGAAUUUACCUUUUUUUUUUUUUUUUUUUUUUUAUUCGACACUAGAUUUAUACUCAGGGCACGUAAAAAUGACUCCAAUCAAACUAACUAGCACAAUUAGAAUUAGUUUCAAAUACAGAUCUAAUUAUAGAUCAAAAUUUAAACCCAGGAGGACAUUUUACACCCAUUAUAAUCCAUUUUAUAUACCAUAUAUUUUACAACAAAUCUCCAUAUAUGCAGUCGAAUGCCAAAGUUUGCAUAUUUCCCAAAACCAAAAAUUCUCAAAUGGUGUACGUUUAGAUAUUAACAGACAAAUUGAUAUAUAAAAUAAACUAAAUAUCGCACUUAGGUGUGCGUUAUAUAAUCAGACUCCAUGUAUGGCUUUAUAUCAGGUUUCCAUAAACAGGGCAUCAGAUAUUAUAUUUUUUUCGAAAUCUUAUACGCUCUGUCGCUCGUGUUUAUAUUUAUAACCGGCUUCCAUCGGCGUUUUAUUACAAUGCAUCACAUCGUAGUGCGUUCUGGCUAAAUUCUGCUCCUGCAACUUUCGAGUUCACCAGACCAAAUGGCCAAUAUUCAGGAAGUCUUCAAGGGUCCUUUAGAAAACGUACUGGAACACGGUUGACAAAAAGUGGUGUUAAAUUUGACCUGAGCCCCAGUAUUUCCAGGUUGUGUGCAGUGAAUUAAUGCUAUAAUUAAAUCCACGCAUUUGAAUCAAAUUCAAAGCUUGCGUCUGCCUUCUUUGCUCUCGCGGCGUCGAGGAGCUUCUUAUAAACGCUUUACUUCGGUUCGAUUGUGAAAAUGACGGAGAUCCCGAGUGAUCAUGCACCUCUGUGUGGCCUCCUCGCAUCCUCAAUCAUCAAAUCCUCUAUGAAUAUAAAGGGUCACACGUGCCAAGCUGUGAAACAUUCCACGCUAAAUCAAUCCCACGAUGCCAGAGGACGACGUUUUAAAAAAAAAAAGCGUCAGAAAAUAUAGAACGCGUAACGAAUAUAUGAACCACAUUUCGUUUUCUUUUUCUUUUUUUCAUUCAGAAAUGUGUUCCCGGUCCAAAAGUAGCUCCCCAUGCGCUUUUCUAAAACAGCUGUAAUUACCGUAGUCACUAUUUUCAUAACUUGAUGUAAUCCUGAAUAUCUGUAAACUGCAUGCUCAUGUUUUUAUGCAACUUGUCUCCCCCCACACCCACAAUUCAUUCUGAUCAGAACACAGGGAUUAAAAUGGUGGUAUGAGUCUGGUCUUUGGCUUGUGAUUUUUGUGGCUAAAAGAUCAACGUUGGAGAUUUACUGUACAUCUUUUCAUGCAUCUUGCAUUUUUACAAUAAAGUCUAACCAAUAAAGCUGGGCUUUAGGUCA